AUGGCACCGAUGGGCAUCCUGACUGCCAUCGUUUCGGCGAUUCGCGUGUGCGGGAGUCCGUCACUGCGUGCCUUUAUUGGCAGAGCACAAGAAGGAGGAGGGAAUGCCGAAGCAGAACUGUGCUCCUCUACGAGUCGAGAUGUGUGCGAGCUCUAUAACAACGGCGGCAUCGCGCGAGUCUUUGGGCGGCCAAAGAUUCUUGAGGUUGUAUACGACCCCGAGCAUAACUUCACAGACGAUAAAGCAGGAAUAUAUACAUUUCAGGAAUUUAUCGAAAAAAAUUCAAAGAAAUGGACUCGAAUUCAGCCCCCGGAAUCUCCAGGAUCUCCAGACAACAAAGAGGCUAUGUCUGACGCGUUUUCUCAAAAUUUCUCUCCAAACCUUUCUCUCAACGUGGGCAUCAAGAGGAAACCUCCUCUUAUUUUCUUGACAGUCGCAAUAACUGGCAUGGUAUUGCAAGCCGGUGUUUUAGUCUUCGCAGUCCUUACGACAUACUACCUUCGCUGGGAGAAAGAUGGCAGUCAUCCUGAAUCGUAUGCGUGCCCUCUCACCAUCACUGGAACACUUCUUUUGUGUGGCGGCAUUUUUCUUUGUGCAUUUCUCGUCGGUGAAAGCACCAAAGAACAAGUAUUUCGCAGAAACCCAGACAGCGGAGAUAAGAAUGUUCCGAGAGAAGCUCUAUAUUGGGUUCAGCCUGGGGGUCAAGUUCUUGGGGAUCAAGUCUUUGACGCCUUUUGCUGCAGCGACCACAUGGAACCUCUGCAGGAGUACAUCACUUCGUGGAAGAACCAGUCAAAGAUUUCCCAGAUUGUGGUGUGGGCUGCCGUUGGCAUCUCUGUCACUGGCUUUGUGAUGCAGUUUGUUGGACUGCGGGCCAUCCAUUCUGCAGUAUCUGUGGCCCAGCUUGGAGCCAUCAUGCUCAUGAGCGCCGCUCGAGCCGCGCUUCGCAUGCAGCGCUUAAAACCAGAGGACAACUUUCUUGCUCAGUGCCCCGACGAGGUUGUUGGGCACGAGCUGGAUUGGCUUGCCAUACGUUUUGGUGAACAAGACUUUCAAGGCGAGCCAAAGCAUUCAUCACCAACGCAGGAUUCACGAGCUUAUCCACGUCUCCUUUGGAGAUUCCGCGCCUACCGGACUCGCCUCGCGCAACUCACCCAGUCGCAAAACACUGAAACAAAAGGCACAGGUUCCGCAGAGAAUUUCGAUGUCAGAUUGGUUGAGGUCCGAGAAACUGCCCAUUGCCUUGCUUUGGCCAUUGAGUCUGCAGUCAACACCAUAUUCUCGAAGAGCCCCGAAAUCGGAGACAAGUGGAGAGAUGCUCUGUCCAUGUUCUGGAGUUUUGCUUCCGAGGUUGCAAUCGUGGAACGAAGUGGUACUUCCAAAGAUCCACCAAUACUGCAUACGGUAUAUUUAAAACUAACGCGCGAAGAGCUCACGACUCCCUGGAAACUUGAAAACAAAUUGGAGCUGGAAGGACUUCUGGGACUAUGGGUUUGGUCAUUGAAGUCUGAUCCAGCUGUUGAGGUAGCAGACUCACAAAGUCAUUUCACUAUAUCCCGAGCUACUGAAAUCCCAAGGCAGCGCAUCGUUUCAACCAACAAAAAUAUAGCGACUGACCUGGAGAUAUGGCUCGGCGGCAAGAUCCCCAUUAUUACAAAAUACGAACUUGACCCUACUUCCGUCCAACGAGGAGACCCUGGUAUCACCAAGUGGAAACUGGGCGAUAAACAGGGCAAGGAAAUUCGAUUCUUUGCUUGGCACGCAACAGAGACGUCACGGGGCACUAGCCCUGAUCUCUUAAGUGUCAUGUCGGCUCAUACAGACAGCACUCUUUUAUCUAUGUGUGCCCAGGAAGUGUUUGGGUCAUUCGUCGCAAGUAUUCUCAAGAUUUUGGAUGAUAUCGGGGAUAUCGAUAUCCAAGAAAUUCCGUCUUUCCACUUAGAGAAUACUCUGGUGACUGAGAUGGUAAAAUUGUUCACUGAAACGCAGCUAGGCUCGAAUGAAGAUGCAUUGCUGUGUAUCUUGCCUCUGAUGAUACCUCGACUAAGGUUGUCUUCCACAGAAAACGCUGUAGUAGCAGCGAAGAGAAUAGCAAUCAAGCAACGAAAGGCCGGCAAAUGGGCGCAGGCAGAGACGAUGCUACGAUGGGCAUGGGCGCUGCUUCACGAAGACGAACCCACUCAACAAGCAGCAAUCGCAUUAGGGGAGCUAUACAGGUGGGCAAUGCGAGAUAAUCAGACGAAGGAAUUCGGCUUGCGUGGUAUUGAGUGGCUCUCUUGUCAGGUACCCAGCCGCCAAGCACCGAGCCCUUCAGCUCAUGACGCAAUUGUUGCUCGUUACAAUGAUGUUGCAAAAAGGGUCGUCCAGCAUGGAAAUGAUCUCAGUAUCAUCAGACUACAUAUGUUCUCUGAGAACAAAGAUGAAUCGACCGAUGAAUAUACCGAUGAAGACUCUUACGGUAUAGGUGAUUCAAGUGAUGAAACCGAUGAUACUGAAGAUGAUUCAAGCGAAAUUUCUCAGACCGAAGAUGAUCUAAGUGGAACCUUACUCUACAUCACUCUGCCAAUCCCAAUGACAGAUAAAGAAAAAGGAAAGGUUCUUGGCUUGGCGGCGAAGCACGGCUGGACAGAGGUGGUCCUUGCGAUGCUUGAAUUAGGUGCAGAGCCGGACUUCAAAGACCCAGCCCAUGAUUCGAGAACAGCACUGUCACAAGCGGCGAGAAAUGGAAGAAUCAAGACUAUGAAAGAAUUGAUGGAUUGGGGGGCAUUUCCAAACGCACAAGACGCAAAUUACCGGACGCCUCUGUCGCACGCUUCGGAAAUGGGACAUAGUUAUGCUGUCCAGAUAUUGCUAGGAGAUCAACGUGUCGACCCAAACGCUAAGGAUAGGAAAAAAUUCACGCCGCUGUUAUGGGCAGCCAAGAAUGGGCACGAAGCAGCCGUGAAGUUGCUGGUUGAGGGUGGUAAAGUUGAUCUAAACGGCAGGAAUUAUAACGGAAACACGCCAUUAACACUAGCAGCUAUACAUGGGAGUGAGGCAAUCGUAAAGUUACUGGUUGAAUACGGCGCAGACAUACACAGAAAGGGUACUGCCGUACUCACGUCACUAGCUCACGCAGCUCAGAAUGGACAUGAGGCAGUUGUGUUGCUGCUGGCUGAAGAGGGCGCAGACGUGAAUGCCAGGGAUGACGAGGGAUACACACCACUAAUGCUAGCGACUUUAAAUGGGCAUGCGGCAGUAGUAGAGCUGCUAGUCCAAAAAGGCGCAGACUUAGAGGCAAGAACAGAAGAUUAUCGCAGAUGGACGGCACUGAUUCAUGCGGCUUUUGGAGGGCAUGAGGCAAUCGUGGAGCUGCUGGUUCAAAGUGGCGCAGACAUAAAUGCAACAGAUAAGGACGGACGGACGGCACUAACUUAUGCGGCUGAGAAAGGAUAUGAGACAAUUGUAAAGUUGCUGGCGCAGGGCGGCGCAGACUGA